AUGGGUGUCGGCCGGAGGAAGCUGGUCCCACUCUGGGUUCUAGCUCUGGCCCUGGCUUGCGGUCAACAUACAGGCCAGGCCCAGCAGGACUCUCUGAAAUCUGACCAUGCACAUCAUUCUGACUUCUCUCUCCUUCAAGGACGUGAUGCUGCCCCACUCCAUGGGGUAACCAUCAUCCCACCUCUGAAGACCAUCCCUGUGGUACGAGCUCUGAACCCAGCACAUACCGGGCGGGUGUGCAGCACAUGGGGAGACUUCCACUACAAGACCUUUGAUGGCCAAGUCUUCCGCUUCCCUGGCCUCUGCAACUAUGUGUUCUCCGCACACUGUGGAGUUGCCUACGAGGACUUCAAUAUCCAGCUACGUCGUGCCCGGGAGUCUAAUUCCACCACUCUGAGCAGGGUCACCAUGAAGCUUGAUGGCCUAGUUGUUGAGCUGACCAAGAGCUCCGUAUUAGUCAAUAACCACCCGGUCCAGCUCCCCUUCAGCCAGUCUGGGGUCCUCAUUGAACUCAGCAGUGGCUACCUGAAGGUGGUGGCCAGGCUGGGCCUGGUCUUCAUGUGGAAUGACGAUGACAGUCUCCUGCUGGAGUUGGACACCAAGUACGCCAACAAGACUUGUGGUCUCUGUGGAGACUUCAAUGGCAGCCCAGAGUCAAGCGAGUUCCUUUCCCACAAUGUUAGACUGACACCCCUUGAGUUUGGGAACCUCCAGAAGAUGGAUGGCCCCACAGAGCAGUGCCAUGACCCCCUCCCUGUGCCCCAGAAGAACUGCUCCACCAGAUCUAGCAUCUGUGAAGAGAUCCUGAAAGGUCAGCUGUUCUCAGACUGUUCAGCCCUGGUGGAUGUCAGCAGCUACCUGGAGGCUUGCCACCAGGACCUCUGUCUCUGUGAAAGCCCUGACCUGACCAGCUGCAUCUGCCAUACCCUGGCUGAGUACUCCCGGCAGUGUGCCCAUGCUGGAGGACAGCCCCAGGACUGGCGGGGUCCCAACCUCUGCUCUCAGACAUGUCCCCUCAACAUGCAACAUCAGGAAUGUGGCUCGCCCUGUGUGGACACCUGUUCCAACCCCCAGCGCUCUCAGGCCUGUGAGGACCACUGUGUUUCUGGCUGCUUCUGUCCUAAGGGGAUGGUGCUUGAUGACAUCAACCAGACUGGAUGUGUCCCUGUGUCCCAGUGUGCCUGUCUGUAUAAUGGGACAUCUUAUGCACCGGGUACCAAUUACUCUACUGACUGCACCAACACAUGCUCUGGAGGUCGGUGGAGCUGCCAGGAGGUCCCUUGCCCUGGCACCUGCUCAGUGUUGGGAGGUUCCCACUUCUCCACAUUUGAUGAAAGGCAGUACACAGUGCAUGGGGACUGCAGCUAUGUGCUGAGCAAGCCCUGUGACAGCAAUAUCUUCACUGUGCUGGCCGAGCUUCGAAAGUGUGGACUGACAGACAGCGAGACUUGUCUGAAGAGUGUGACAUUGAGCCUGGGUGGGGGCCAGACGGUGGUCAUGGUGAAAGCCACUGGAGAGGUCUUUGUGAACCAGAUUUAUACCCAAUUGCCAGUGUCUACAGCCAAUGUUACCCUCUUCCGGCCUUCAACCUUCUUCAUCAUUGCCCAAACCAAUCUGGGUCUGCAGCUUGAGGUCCAGCUGGUGCCCAUCAUGCAGGUGUUUGUGCGGCUGGCACCUGAGCUCCGGGGUCUGACCUGCGGGCUCUGUGGGAAUUUCAACAGUAUCCAGGCUGAUGACUUCCAGACCAUCAGUGGGGUUGUGGAGGGCACAGCAGCUGCCUUCUUCAACACCUUCAAGACUCAGGCAGCUUGUCCUAAUGUCAGGAAUAUUUUCGAGGACCCCUGUUCGCUCAGCGUGGAGAACGAGAAGUAUGCCCAGCACUGGUGUUCUCAGCUGACUGAUGCCAGUGGCCCAUUUUCCCAGUGCCACACCACCGUGAACCCCAGCACCUACUUCUCGAACUGCAUGUUUGACACGUGCAACUGUGAGAAGAGUGAGGACUGCAUGUGCGCGGCCCUGUCCUCCUAUGUGCAUGCUUGUGCCGCCAAAGGCGUGCUGCUCAGUGGCUGGAGGGAUGGCGUCUGCACAAAGGCUACAACUACCUGCCCCAAGUCGAUGACCUACCAAUACCACAUCAGCACCUGCCAGCCCACCUGUCGUGCUCUGAAUGAGGAAGAUGUCACCUGCCAUGUCAACUUCGUCCCUGUAGAUGGUUGCACCUGCCCUGCAGGCACCUUCUUGGAUGAUUCAGGAAAAUGUGUGCAGGCCACCAGCUGUCCCUGCUAUCACAGGGGAUCCACAGUCCCCAACGGCGAGUCUGUGCAUGACAGUGGGGCCAUUUGCACCUGCACCCAAGGAACACUGACCUGCAUCGGAGGUCCUGCCCCGACUCCAGUGUGUGAUGCACCCAUGAUCUAUUUUGACUGCCGCAAUGCUACACCUGGGGACACUGGAGCUGGAUGUCAGAAGAGCUGUCACACCCUGGACAUGACCUGUUACAACUCCGAAUGCGUGCCUGGCUGUGUGUGCCCGGACGGGUUGGUGGCAGAUGGUAAUGGAGGUUGUAUUGUUGCUGAGGACUGUCCCUGUGUGCACAAUGAGGCCACUUACAGGCCUGGAGACACCAUCCGAGUGGGCUGCAACAACUGCACCUGUGAGAACAGGAUGUGGAGGUGCACAGACGAGCCCUGCCUGGCCACCUGUGCUGUGUACGGGGACGGCCACUACCUCACUUUCGAUGGGCAGCGCUACAGCUUCAGUGGGAACUGCGAAUACACACUGCUGCAGGACAACUGUGGUGGGAACGGCAGCUCCCAGGAUGCCUUUCGUGUUGUCACCGAGAACAUCCCCUGUGGUACUACAGGAACCACCUGCUCCAAGGACAUCAAGAUCUUCCUGGGGAACUAUGAGCUGAAGCUGAGUGAUGGCAAGGUGGAGGUGGUCCAGAAGGGCGUGGGGCAGGAGCCCCCCUACUAUGUCCACCAGAUGGGCAUCUACCUGGUGGUGGAGACCGACGUUGGCCUGGUGCUUCUGUGGGACAGGAAGACCAGCAUCCUUCUCAGACUCAGCCCUGAGUUCAAGGGCAAGGUCUGUGGCCUGUGUGGGAAUUUUGAUGACAAUGCCAUCAAUGACUUCACCACGCGCAGCCAGUCUGUAGUCGGUGACAUGCUGGAGUUUGGAAAUAGCUGGAAGUUCUCUCCAUCCUGCCCGGAUGCCCUGGUGCCCAAGGACCCCUGCUCUGCCAACCCUUACCGCAAGUCCUGGGCCCAAAAGCAAUGCAGCAUCAUCAACAGUGAAACCUUCACCGCCUGCCAUGCCCAUGUGGAGCCCACCAAGUACUAUGAAGCCUGUGUGAGUGACGCAUGUGCCUGUGACUCAGGAGGUGACUGCGAGUGUUUCUGCACUGCUGUGGCUGCCUAUGCCCAGGCCUGCCACGAAGUGGGAGUGUGCUUGUCCUGGAGGACACCAGACAUCUGCCCACUAUUCUGUGACUACUACAACCCAGAGGGUCAGUGUGAAUGGCACUACCAGCCAUGUGGGGCCCCCUGCAUGCGCACCUGCCAGAACCCUAGUGGACAUUGCCUCCAUGAUCUGCAUGGCCUUGAAGGCUGCUACCCCAAGUGCCCACCAACAGCCCCCAUCUUUGACGAGAGUACGAUGCAGUGUGUAUCCAACUGCACAGCCGUUCCCUCGCCUCCACCGCCGCGUCCCUGCCGCAUCAAUGGAAAGUUGUACCGGCCAGGUGCGAAAGUACCUUCAGACAAGAACUGCUAUUCCUGCAUUUGCAAGGAGAACGGUGUGAGCUGUAGUCAUGACGCUUCUGCCUGUGUCUGUACCUACAAUGGGCAACACUUCCAUCCUGGGGACAUCAUUUACCACACGACAGAUGGCACGGGAGGCUGCAUCUCUGCAUAUUGCAGGGCCAACGGCACAAUUGAAAGGAAUGUCGACACCUGCAGCUCCACCACUCCCAUGCCCCCGACCACUUUCUCCUUCUCCACACCAGUAGUCAUGACUUCAAUGGCACCCUCCAGCACAUAUCCCAGCUCUGCCCCGAGUGUAGUGUACACAGGGUCCCCAGGCACAGCUGCAUGGACAACAAGCAGCAUGGUGUCUGUGAAGACACCUGCCACAGCCUCCACUUUGACCCCUUCUGCUAUGGCCUCCACUGCGACCAUGCUGGGGUGCCAGGAGGAGUGCGUCUGGUCUCCCUGGAUGGAUGUCAGCCGUCCUGGACGUGGUAUUGACAGUGGUGACUUUGACACUCUGGAGAACCUCCGUGCCCACGGCUACCAUAUCUGCCAAGCACCAAGGGCAGUGGAGUGCCGUGCAGAGGACACCCCUGAGGUCCCACUUCAUGCAAUAGGGCAGCGUGUGGAGUGCAGUACAACUGUUGGACUGACCUGUCACAACAGAGACCAGGUGUCAGAGCUCUGUGACAACUACCAGAUCAGAAUUCAGUGCUGUACCCCCAUCAGCUGUCCAGCCUCUAGUGGUCCAACCCAGACCACCCAAUUGAUAACCUCUAGGACAACUACAAAGGGGCCCAAAACCUCUGUAGCCCCUGUCACCUCCACUGACCUUGCAGAUAGCACAGUUAUCUCAGGCCCCUCAACCCAUGCUCCACGUCCUCUCCCCUCUUCAUCACACCCCUCCUCAUCAGCUUCAAGUCCAUCUCCUCCUGCCACAGUUAGUUCUACCACUGUGAAAACAACUCUGUCCACCACUAGUCCAAUUCCAGAGCCAACUUCAGCCACAUCAUCUGUGUCCAUUGCAACCUCAGGGUCUACCAUAGCCUCUCUUGAGACUACCCAUGAAUGCAAACGGGAGGUCUGCAAUUGGACUGAUUGGAUAGAUGGCAGCUACCCUGGACCUGACAGAAACAGUGGAGAUUUUGACACUUUUGCAAACCUGAGAUCCAAAGGAUACAAGUUCUGUGAGAAGCCUCAAAAUGUUGAGUGUAGAGCUCAGUUCUUUCCCAAUACACCUCUGGAGGAGCUGGGGCAGGAUGUGACCUGCAAUCGAGAUGAAGGUUUGAUCUGUUUGAACAAGAACCAGCUCCCACCCAUUUGUUAUAACUAUGAGAUCCGCAUAGAGUGCUGCACAAUAGUGGAUACCUGUUCCACGGCUUCAACUACCACACAUCCUACAUCACAUGAAGUAAGUACAGAAACAAAGACCACUUGGACCACAAGCUCCCAUUCCUCUUCCAGCAAGGACACCAGUACUCUCUCAGCAACCAUACACACAAGGAACCGGGCCACAGACAGUCCACACACAAUCAGCACACCAGUGACCACCCACUGCCAGCCACAGUGCACCUGGACCCAGUGGUUUGACACCGACUUCCCGGUGCCCGGUCCACAUGGAGGGGACCUGGAAACCUACAGCAACAUCCUGAGGAAGGGAGAGAAGAUGUGUCACCGGCCAGAGGAGAUCACACAGCUGGAAUGCAGGGCUGAGAACCACCCUGAGCUGAGGGUGGAGGACCUGGGUCAGGUGGUGCUGUGUGACCCCACUGUGGGCCUGGUGUGCAGGAAUCGGGACCAGCAGGACACGUCUGGGAUGUGUCUCAACUACGAGGUGCGGGUGCUGUGCUGUCGCCUUCCUGAAGACUGCCACACCACCACACGAGCCUCUCUUUCCAGCAGCCCAAGUGACACUGUCACCAGCUCAUCUCCUGGCAUGACCUCUGUGCAUACAGCAACCAGUACAUCCAUGCACUCGACCAGGACCACCUCUGUGCAGACAGGCAGCACAACAUCCAUGCCUAAUUCCAGACAAACCUCUGGGCAGUCAGCCAGCACCAUCUCCCAACCCCAAACCAGAUCAACACCUAUAGGAAAAUCUGUCACCACCUCUGGACAGACAGUCGGCACCACUUCCAUUAGGCGCACCAGAACCCCGUCUGUGCAGACAGCCAGCACUACAUCCCCCAGGCGCACCAGGACCACAUCUGCGCAGACAGCCAGCACCACGUCCCCCAGGCGCACCAGGACCACAUCUGCGCAGACAGCCAGCACCACGUCCCCCAGGCGCACCAGGACCACAUCUGCGCAGACAGCCAGCACCACAUCCCCCAGGCGCACCAGACCCAUAUCUGCGCAGACAGCCAGCACCACGUCCCCCAGGCGCACCAGGACCACAUCUGCGCAGACAGCCAGCACCACGUCCCCCAGGCGCACCAGGACGACAUCUGCGCAGACAGCCAGCACCACGUCCCCCAGGCGCACCAGGACCACAUCUGCUCAGACAGCCAGCACCACGUCCCCCAGGCGCACCAGGACCACAUCUGCGCAGACAGCCAGCACCACGUCCCCCAGGCGCACCAGACCCAUAUCUGCGCAGACAGCCAGCACCACAUCCCCCAGGCGCACCAGACCCAUAUCUGCGCAGACAGCCAGCACCACGUCCCCCAGGCGCACCAGGACCACAUCUGCGCAGACAGCCAGCACCACGUCCCCCAGGCGCACCAGGACGACAUCUGCGCAGACAGCCAGCACCACGUCCCCCAGGCGCACCAGACCCAUAUCUGCGCAAACAGCCAGCACCACGUCCCCCAGGGAGGGGAGGACUACAUUUGCGCAGACAGCCAGCACCACAUCCACCACCGGCACCAGCACCAUCUCUGAGAAGGCAGCUAGUACUACCUACAUACCACAAACUAGCUCACCCUCUACCAGAACGUUGAGCACCACCCUCAAAACCCAGACCAGAUCAUCCUCUACAGAAAAGUAUGGAACCACCCCUGUGCAGACAGCCAGCACCACGUCCCCCAGGGAGGGGAGGACCACAUCUGCGAAAACAGCCAGCACCAUGUCUACCAGUGGCACCAGCACCAUCUCUGAGAAGACAGCCAGUACCACCUACAUACCCCAAACUAGCUCACCGUCUACAGAAAAGUCCGGAACCACCCCUGUGCAGACAGCCAGCACCACAUUCAUGGGAAAAACCAUCUCUGUGCCUGGGACCACAGUCACCUCUCCUCCUCUCAGCACCACAGGCCCCUGGUCUCAUUCCGGGAUGAGUUCCUCCCCAGUGACCACCCACUGCCAGCCACAGUGCACCUGGACCCAGUGGUUUGACACCGACUUCCCGGUGCCCGGUCCACAUGGAGGGGACCUGGAAACCUACAGCAACAUCCUGAGGAGGGAGAAGAUGUGUCACCGGCCAGAGGAGAUCACACAGCUGGAAUGCAGGGCUGAGAACCACCCUGAGCUGAGGGUGGAGGACCUGGGUCAGGUGGUGCUGUGUGACCCCACUGUGGGCCUGGUGUGCAGGAACAGGGACCAGCAGGACACGUCUGGGAUGUGUCUCAACUACGAGGUGCGGGUGCUGUGCUGUCGCCUUCCUGAAGACUGCCACACCACCACACGAGCCUCUCUUUCCAGCAGCCCAAGUGACACUGUCACCAGCUCAUCUCCUGGCAUGACCUCUGUGCAUACAGCAACCAGUACAUCCAUGCACUCGACCAGGACCACCUCUGUGCAGACAGGCAGCACAACAUCCAUGCCUAAUUCCAGACAAACCUCUGGGCAGUCAGCCAGCACCAUCUCCAAGCCCCAAACCAGAUCAACACCUAUAGGAAAAUCUGUCACCACCUCUGGACACACGAUUAGUACCACGUCCACCAGAGACACCAGGACCACCUCUGGGCAGACAGCCAGGGACACCAGGACCACCUCUGGGCAGACAGCCAGCACCACGUCCCCCAGGGAGGGGAGGACCACAUCUGCGCAGACAGCCAGCACCACGUCCGCCAGGCACACCAGAACCACAUCUGCGCAGACAGCCAGCACCACGUCCCCCAGGCACACCAGAACCACAUCUGCGCAGACAGCCAGCACCAUGUCUACCAGUGGCACCGGCACCAUCUCUGAGAAGACAGCAGGUACCACCUACAUACCCCAAACUAGCUCACCGUCUACAGAAAAGUCCGGAACCACCCCUGUGCAGACAGCCAGCACCACAUUCAUGGGAAAAACCAUCUCUGUGCCUGGGACCACAGUCACCUCUCCUCCUCUCAGCACCACAGGCCCCUGGUCUCAUUCCGGGAUGAGUUCCUCCCCAGUGACCACCCACUGCCAGCCACAGUGCACCUGGACCCAGUGGUUUGACACCGACUUCCCGGUGCCCGGUCCACAUGGAGGGGACCUGGAAACCUACAGCAACAUCCUGAGGAGGGGAGAGAAGAUGUGUCACCGGCCAGAGGAGAUCACACAGCUGGAAUGCAGGGCUGAGAACCACCCUGAGCUGAGGGUGGAGGACCUGGGUCAGGUGGUGCUGUGUGACCCCACUGUGGGCCUGGUGUGCAGGAACAGGGACCAGCAGGACACGUCUGGGAUGUGUCUCAACUACGAGGUGCGGGUGCUGUGCUGUCGCCUUCCUGAAGACUGCCACACCACCACACGAGCCUCUCUUUCCAGCAGCCCAAGUGACACUGUCACCAGCUCAUCUCCUGGCAUGACCUCUGUGCAUACAGCAACCAGUACAUCCAUGCACUCGACCAGGACCACCUCUGUGCAGACAGGCAGCACAACAUCCAUGCCUAAUUCCAGACAAACCUCUGGGCAGUCAGCCAGCACCAUCUCCAAGCCCCAAACCAGAUCAACACCUAUAGGAAAAUCUGUCACCACCUCUGGACACACGAUUAGUUCCACGUCCACCAGAGACACCAGGACCACCUCUGGGCAGACAGCCAGGGACACCAGGACCACCUCUGGGCAGACAGCCAGCACCACGUCCCCCAGGGAGGGGAGAACCACAUCUGCGCAGACAGCCAGCACCACGUCCCCCAGGCACACCAGAACCACAUCUGCGCAGACAGCCAGCACCAUGUCUACCAGUGGCACCGGCACCAUCUCUGAGAAGACAGCCAGUACCACCUACAUACCCCAAACUAGCUCACCGUCUACAGAAAAGUCCGGAACCACCCCUGUGCAGACAGCCAGCACCACAUUCAUGGGAAAAACCAUCUCUGUGCCUGGGACCACAGUCACCUCUCCUCCUCUCAGCACCACAGGCCCCUGGUCUCAUUCCGGGAUGAGUUCCUCCCCAGUGACCACCCACUGCCAGCCACAGUGCACCUGGACCCAGUGGUUUGACACCGACUUCCCGGUGCCCGGUCCACAUGGAGGGGACCUGGAAACCUACAGCAACAUCCUGAGGAGGGGAGAGAAGAUGUGUCACCGGCCAGAGGAGAUCACACAGCUGGAAUGCAGGGCUGAGAACCACCCUGAGCUGAGGGUGGAGGACCUGGGUCAGGUGGUGCUGUGUGACCCCACUGUGGGCCUGGUGUGCAGGAACAGGGACCAGCAGGACACGUCUGGGAUGUGUCUCAACUACGAGGUGCGGGUGCUGUGCUGUCGCCUUCCUGAAGACUGCCACACCACCACACGAGCCUCUCUUUCCAGCAGCCCAAGUGACACUGUCACCAGCUCAUCUCCUGGCAUGACCUCUGUGCAUACAGCAACCAGUACAUCCAUGCACUCGACCAGGACCACCUCUGUGCAGACAGGCAGCACAACAUCCAUGCCUAAUUCCAGACAAACCUCUGGGCAGUCAGCCAGCACCAUCUCCAAGCCCCAAACCAGAUCAACACCUAUAGGAAAAUCUGUCACCACCUCUGGACACACGAUUAGUACCACGUCCACCAGAGACACCAGGACCACCUCUGGGCAGACAGCCAGGGACACCAGGACCACCUCUGGGCAGACAGCCAGCACCACGUCCCCCAGGGAGGGGAGGACCACCUCUGGGCAGACAGCCAGCACCACGUCCCCCAGGCACACCAGAACCACAUCUGCGCAGACAGCCAGCACCACGUCUACCAGUGGCACCAGCACCAUCUCUGAGAAGACAGCCAGUACCACCUACAUACCCCAAACUAGCUCACCGUCUACAGAAAAGUCCGGAACCACCCCUGUGCAGACAGCCAGCUCGACAUUCAUGGGAAAAACCAUCUCUGUGCCUGGGACCACAGUCACCUCUCCUCCUCUCAGCACCACAGGCCCCUGGUCUCAUUCCGGGAUGAGUUCCUCCCCAGUGACCACCCACUGCCAGCCACAGUGCACCUGGACCCAGUGGUUUGACACCGACUUCCCGGUACCUGGUCCACAUGGAGGGGACCUGGAAACCUACAGCAACAUCCUGAGGAGGGGAGAGAAGAUCUGUCACCGGCCAGAGGAGAUCACACAGCUGGAAUGCAGGGCUGAGAACCACCCUGAGCUGAGGGUGGAGGACCUGGGUCAGGUGGUGCUGUGUGACCCCACUGUGGGCCUGGUGUGCAGGAACCGGGACCAGCAGGACACGUCUGGGAUGUGUCUCAACUAUGAGGUGCGGGUGCUGUGCUGUCGCCUUCCUGAAGGCUGCCCUGUGACCCCUGGGCCUCUCCCUGUGACAUCAUCUCACAAGCCCUCAUUUCCAAUUGUUUCGACCUCCUCUGUGCCGCCAUCCUCAUUGUCCAGCCCUUGGGUACACUCUGCCAUUCCUUGCUUGUGCAACGUGUCAGGCCUUUUAUACCCUAUUGGAUCCAUCAUCUACAACCGGACAGAUCUUGAUGGCCACUGUUACUAUGCAUUGUGCAGCCAGGACUGCCAAGUGGUUAGAGGGGUUAGUCAGGACUGCCCCUCCACCAUGCCACCGCCUACCCCAGCUCUAUCCACCUCUGCCUCUACUGUCACACCUGUCACUGAGCGGGAUACGUGCAAUGUGUUCCCUCCAAGAAUGAAAGGGGAGACCUGGCCUAUGCCUAAUUGCUCCCAAGCCACCUGUGAGGGCAACAAUGUCAUCUCCCUGAGCCCACGCCAGUGCCCAGAGGUGAAGGCCCCAUCUUGUGCCAACGGCUACCCACCCCUGAAGGUGGAUGACCAGGACGGUUGCUGCCAGCACUACCAGUGCCAGUGUGUUUGCAGCGGCUGGGGUGAUCCCCACUACAUCACCUUUGAUGGCACCUAUUACACUUUUCUGGAUAACUGCACAUAUGUGCUGGUGCAGCAGAUCGUGCCUGUGUUUGGACACUUCCGUGUGCUCAUUGACAACUACUUCUGUGAUCUGGGAGACAGUGUUUCCUGCCCGCAGUCCAUCAUUGUGGAGUACCACCAGGACCGUGUGGUGCUGACCCGCAGGCCAGUUGGCGGGAUCAUGACCAACCAGAUCAUCUUCAACAACAAGGUAGUCAGUCCCGGAUUCCAGCAGAAUGGCAUUGUUGUCUCCCGUGUGGGUAUCAAGAUGUACGUUACCAUCCAGGAGAUUGGCGUUCAGGUCAUGUUCUCAGGCCUCAUCUUCUCUGUCGAGGUGCCCUUCAACCUCUUCGCCAACAACACAGAGGGCCAGUGUGGUACUUGCACCAAUGACCAGAAGGAUGAGUGCCGCCUUCCUGGAGGGGCAAUAACCUCUUGUUCUGAUAUGGCUCCCCAUUGGAAGGUGCCCAACCAGCCUUCAUGCCAAGGGCCUCCUCCAACAUCAACUUCAGUGGUACCCAGUCCUUCACCGACCCCGUGCCCACCAUCACCAAUCUGUGAGCUCAUCCUAAGCAAAGUCUUUCAGUCUUGCCACGAUGUCAUCCCUCCACUGCCAUUCUAUGAAGGAUGCUUGUUUGACUACUGUCACGGCAUGGGCUGGGAAGUCGUGUGCUCAGGCCUAGAGCUCUAUGCAUCACUCUGUGCGGCCCACGGCCGGUGCAUCCCCUGGAGAAGCCAGACCAACAACACCUGUUCAUUCACCUGCCCUGCUAACAAAGUGUACCAGCCAUGUGGCCCAACCAACCCUUACUACUGCUAUGGGAAUGAUGACCUCAGCACCAGCUUGACUCUUCAAGAAGCUGGCCCCUUCACAGAGGGCUGCUUCUGUCCAGAUGACAUGACACUUUUCAGUACUAAUGAUUCAAUCUGCGUGCCUUCCUGCCAAUGGUGUCUGGGGCCUCAUGGAGAACCUGUGGAGCCGGGCCACACCAUCAGCUUCGACUGCCAGGACUGCAUCUGCAAGGAGGCCACGCUGACCUGCCAAAGGAAGCGCUGUCCCCAGACCACCUGCCCAGAGCCUGGCUUUGUGCCGGUGCCUGAAGCCCUGGAGGCUGGCCAGUGUUGUCCCCAGUUCAGCUGUGUCUGCAACUCUAGCCACUGCCCUCCUCCUCUGCACUGCCCGGAGAACUCCAGCCUGAUGGUCACAUACAAGGAGGGAGCUUGCUGCCCAAGCCAAAACUGCAGUGAGUGUCGAAAGGGCUGUGAAUUCAACAGGACUCUCUAUCAGCCUGGUGAUGUGGUCUCCUCCAGCCUAUGUGAAACAUGUGUGUGUCAAGCACCCAGCAAUCCCCAUUCAGAUGUCUUUGUGAUCAGCUGUGAGACUGAGCUUUGCAACACCCUGUGCCCUACGGGCUUUGAGUACCAGGCCAAACCAGGACAGUGUUGUGGCAGGUGUGUGCAGAAGGGCUGCACCUUUAAAAACAGCAACAGCUCUACUGUCUACUACUACCCUCCUGGUGAGUCCUGGUCAGAAUCUGGGGACCCCUGUGUGACUCAUAAGUGUGAGCAGCUCCAAGACGUAUUCAUAGUUGUGACAACGAAGAGGGAGUGUCCCAAGGUCAACUGUCCACAGGGCCAGGUUCAGCUGAGAGAAGAUGGUUGCUGCCAUGACUGUCUCAGUCUCGUCCCCCAGCAGAAAUGCACAGUACACCAAAGACAGCAGAUCAUCCGUCAGCAGAACUGCAGCUCUGAGGGACCAGUGAGCCUCUCCUACUGCCAGGGCAACUGCGGGGACAGCACCUCCAUGUACUCCCUGGAGGCCAACGCAGUGGAACACAAGUGCGAGUGCUGCCAGGAGCUGCAAACCUCGCAGAGGACUGUGACUCUGCACUGUGACGAUGGCUCGAGUCGCACCUACAGCUACACCCAGGUUGAAAAGUGCGGCUGCCUGGGCCAGCGGUGCCAUGCUCUAGGUGACACAAGCUACUCAGAAUCCUCAGAAUCGGAGUUCAGGCCCAAGGAAAGUAAAGAACAUGGCCAGCUGUCCGCAUCUGGGGCCAGCAAGGAGGUGCCUGGGCCUUCCCAGUAAAUUGAACAGCAUAGCUGUCCCAGCACACCACCCAAAGGUCCUCCUGAGGCCAGCAGGACAUGUGCUGCGUGUUCAAGUGGCUUGAACUCCAGACUUACCUACCCACCACUUCCUCUUCAAGAGGGACAUCAACCCCAGCUGUCCUUGGAGGAGGGAGAGGUCCUUUCCACCAUUUAGGAGCCUGGGGGCCACUGGACUCCUUUGGAAAGAACUUCAGUAUCAACGAAGGAGUCAGUUGCAUGCGGAUGUCAUCUGCUUGACUUCACCUCAGUCCUGCACCUGUGCCCCUUUCAGGAAAUGGCCAAUUUGAUUUAUAAAUACACUCAGAGCAUUUGUGGA